UUUGGUUUUGAUCCGACAAAGCUAUGGGAAAUCGUACGAGCAAGAAGACAACUGAAACAUCGUCAUCGUCCGCUAUCAAUGUUAGCAGCAGCUUGCAUUGCUCGACCGAACUAACUUCCUACGAAGCUGCUUGCAAACUCAACACGGAGCUGCAAACGUUCGACACGAACGUCCAAGCUCGAACGAAUCAAGUCAUCGACUCACUCGCGGUCGGCGUCGAGGUCCGAGCGCUUUCGUUCGAUUCGCUAAGAGAUGUGACCGAAUGCCUUUUGGAAAUGAAUCAAGAGGUCAUCCGGGUUAUCUUGGAAUGCAAGAAAGACAUAUGGAAGAGCCUUGAAUUGUUCGAGCUCGUCGAGGAAUACUUCGAGAACAGCUUGAAGGCACUCGACUUUUGUUCGUCAUUGGAGAAGUGCUUAAAACGCGUUCGUGAUAGGCAGUUGCUUAUCCUCGUCGCAUUGCAACAGUUCAACCAGGAAAGCGUAAAUGGUGGCGGUGACGGCGGUGAAAUUAAAUACACAAGGACAUUGGAAGAAUUGAAGAAUUUCAAGGAGGCCGGCGAUCCGUUCACCGAGGAAUUCUUUCGAAUAUUUCAAUCUGUUUAUAGACAACAAAUGACAAUGCUUGAGAAAUAUCAGCUUCGGAAGAACAAGCUCAAUAAGAAGAUUAAGUACAUUCAUGCAUGGCGGAAGAUAACGAGUAUGAUAUUUGUCACUACAUUCGCUGCGGUUUUGAUCUGUUCGAUCGUGGCGACAGCUAUGGCUGCUCCACCGGUUGCAGCGGCUCUGGCAGCUGCAACCUCGAUCCCGUUAGGUUCGACGGGGAAAUGGAUCGAUUCCCUAUGGAAAAACUACCAAAACACUUUGAAAGGACAAAAGGAAGUGAUUAGCUUGAUGCAAGUAGGGACUUAUGUGGCCAUUAAAGACUUGAAUAGCAUCAGGGUUCUCGUCGAUCGGCUUGAGAUCGAGAUCGAGUCGAUGUUGAAAACAGCGGAUUUCGCAGUACAAGAAGAAGCUGUGAAAAUCAGGGUGGAUGAAAUCAAGAAGAAACUGGAGAUUUUUAUGAAGAACGUGGAGAAAGUGGGGCAACAAGCUGAUAUUUGUAGCCGAGACAUUAGGAGAGCGAGGACUGUGGUUCUUCAAAGGAUCAUAAACCAUCCCAACAACUCAUAA